AUGUCGUUCUUCAUUGAAAACCCUAAUGUCGGGGACAGAUGCUCCCUCGAGGAUUCCAGAAUCCGUGGAUACAACCCUCUCACACCCCCCAACCUCCUUCAACAUGAAAUCGCCAUGACGGAGAAGUCCCGGCAAACGGUCAUGGAAGGUCGUGAGGAGGCUAUUGCUGUCGUCCAAGGCACAGACACCGACCGUCGCCGUUUGCUGGUUGUCAUCGGCCCUUGCUCCAUCCACGACCCCGAAAUGGCCCUCGAAUACUGCGAUCGCCUCAUGAAGAUGAAGGAGAAGUACCAGGACGAGCUGCUGAUUGUCAUGCGCUCCUACCUCGAGAAGCCCCGUACCACCGUUGGCUGGAAGGGUCUCAUCAACGACCCCGACAUUGACAACAGCUUCAAGAUCAACAAGGGCCUGCGCACCUCCCGUCAACUCUUCGUCGACCUGACCAACAAGGGUAUGCCCAUCGCCAGUGAGAUGUUGGAUACCAUCUCCCCCCAGUUCCUGGCCGACUGUCUCUCCGUCGGCGCCGUUGGUGCUCGCACCACCGAGUCCCAGGUCCACCGUGAGCUGGCUUCGGGUCUGUCCUUCCCCGUUGGUUUCAAGAAUGGCACCGACGGCUCCCUGGACGUCGCUGUCGAUGCUAUCGGCUCCGUCAAGCACCCCCACCACUUCCUGUCCGUCACCAAGCCCGGUGUCGCUGCGAUCGUCGGCACCGUGGGCAACCCCGACUGCUUCGUCAUUCUCCGUGGUGGCAAGAAGGGCCCCAACUUCGAUGCUCAGAGCAUCGCCGAGGCCAAGGCCAAGCUGAUCGCCAAGGGCAUGCCUCCCCGCCUUAUGGUCGACUGCAGCCACGGCAACUCUCAGAAGGACCACAAGAACCAGCCUAAGGUGGCUGCUGUUCUGGCCGAGCAGAUUGCUGCUGGAGAGACCGCCAUCAUGGGUGUCAUGAUUGAGAGCAACAUCAACGAGGGCAACCAGAAGGUCCCUCCCGAGGGCAAGGCCGGCCUCAAGUACGGUGUCAGUAUCACUGACGCCUGCAUCCACUGGGAAGACACGGAACUUGUUCUGGAGAACCUGGCACAGGCUGUGCGCACCCGCCGGGAGAAGCUUGCUGUCAAUGGCAACGGCAACUCCCAAUAA